GCUGAUUAAGCCAAUUCAACGAGAACUUGGCUAUCUCUUCUGCUUCCACAAUAACUUUCAAGAUCUCCAAACUCAACUAGAAAAACUAAAAGCAAUGAAAAACGAUGUACAAGCAAGGGAAGAUGCAGAAAUGAGGAAGCAGAACACCCUGGGUGAAAUUGUCAAGUUGUGGAUUGUGAAUGCAGACGGAAUAGUUGUAGAAGCAGAAAGUCUUAUCAAUGAUAAGGCAGAGCUUCGAAAAGGGUGUUUCUCCAUCAAAUGGUGUCCUAAUAUAAGCCUGCGCUUUUCUUUGGGCAGGAAAGGGAAGAAGUUAUCUCUCGUUAUUAUUCAGCUUCUUCAAUCUGGUGGUGAGUUGCCACACACGGGUCACGCCUUACCCAUGCCACCCAUAAAUAUGCGCAAUUACAAUGGAGAUGCUCGUGAUUUCGACAGCCGAAGUCAGAUCAUGGAAGACGUCAUUGAGAAGUUACGGGACGAAAAGACAAUGUUAAUAGGGAUAUGCGGAAUGGGAGGGAUUGGAAAGACCACUCUCGCUAAGCAAGCUCUCCAAAAGGUACAAGACUUCCAUAAGCCUUUAUUUACUAUUCAAAUUAUUACUACUGUCUCUAGUAGUCCCAAUUUCAAUGCUAUCCAACAAGAAGUCGCAGAGAUGUUAGGGUUUUCGCUUAAAGACGUAGAUGGUGAGAUUGUAAGAGCAGAACGUUUACGAAAUGCUUUAAGUAACAAAAGAGUUGUUGUCUUGUUGGAUGAUGUUUGGGAAGAAUUUGAUUUAAAUGCCAAAGGUUUUCCAUUAACAAAAUCAGAUGUUGUUGGGUGUUGCUGUAAAAUUAUAUACACAUCUAGAACCCAAGGUUUAUGGUUAGGUGAACGGAACAUCAAACAAGAAUUCCCUCUUGAGUUAUUGUCACCUGAAGAAGCCUUGAAUUUGUUUCAGAAAAAAGUUGAUCUAAAGAUUGUUGAUAGUGAUUUCUAUCGAAAGAAUGAAAUAGCAAGAGAAAUUGUUGAUGAAUGUAAAGGACUUCCCCUUGCGCUUAAUGUAGCAGGAGGCGCUCUCAUCGAAAAAGGCACACAUCAAUGGCUUAAUAUGCUAAACCGGUUGAAGAAACACCAUGAACAUGACCAUGUGAUAUAUGAGAUUUUGAAGACAAGUUACGACUUCUUAGAAGGACACAUUGAAAGGUUCUUGUUUUUACUCUGCUGCUUAUUCCAAGAAGACGCAUAUAUUCCUGUUGAAACUCUGUACCGUUAUGCAACGGGAUUGAAUCUCUUCAAAGAUACGAGUGACCCAAAAGAAAUAAGUGUUGGUGUGCACACUGUUGUUGACAACUUAAUAAUGAAAAAUUUGCUGAUAAAGGUUGAAUAUGGCAAUGACGAUGACAAAAACCGUGUAGUGAAGAUGCAUGAUGUGGUGAGAGAUGUGGGAAUCUCAAUUGCAAAACAAGAACAGAACGGUUUUAGUUUUCUAGCGUGCCAUGGUGUGCAUGAACAAGAGAUUGUCUUUAGUUCACACAUUAAGAAUAUUUCUAUAUUAUCGAAUGAGAAAGAUAUAAAAGUCUCAGAUAGAAUGGAACUUGGAGGCUCAAAAUUGGAACUAAUACGGUUUGAAUAUGGUUCAGAUAGUUCACGUUUUUACGAAUCAAAUAUUAAAAUAUCAGGAAAUUUAUUUCAAGGGGCGGAUAAUCUCAAAGUUCUAGAUAUAGUCGGCUUUGGCAGCUUGAUUAUUGAGUUUCCAUUAUUCUCUUAUUUUCCACACUUAGCCAAGCUGAAGAUGUUAUCUUUAGUAAGAUUGAGUUUGAAUAUGACAACCAAUGUAUCUUUUAUUCGAAAUCUUAGUUGCUUGGAAGUUCUUAGCUUUCGAGAUUCAACCAUAAAAGAUUUGCCAUAUGAAAUAAGUGAGUUAACAAACUUAAGAUUGUUGGAUUUAACUCAAUGCAAAUGUUUCAUAAUCAAUGGUGUUCUUUCGAAGCUUACUAAUCUACAAGAAUUGUACAUGUGGGAGGGCUUUCAAGAUUGGAGGCUACAAAAAGAAGACGUUAAUGGUGGAGACAAUAAUGCAGCAGGUCUCGAUGAGUUAAAUUGCUUACAUAAAUUGUGGAAAUUGGAACUGGAGGUACCCAACAUUGAACAAGUGCCGAGAGGUGUUAGACUAUUUUCUUCUUCGGCGUUAUUGGAACAAUUUAAGGUAAGAAUGGGAGGAGAAUAUGAGAGAAAUACUCAAUUUGAAAGUGGGAAAAGACAACUUUGGUUGGAGAAUGAUAAAAACAAUACCACCAGUUUCUUAUAUGAACUUGGGAUCUUAAUAGAAAAGGGCAUUACAAAUUUAUUUAUAAGCAAUGAUCUUGGCAUGUGGGAGAAAAUGCAUUUAAACAGUUUUCUAUCAUUGAGAGAAGUUGUUCUUAAAAAUUGUGGAUCAGUUAUUACUCUUUUCCCACAGUCAGAAUCGCAGAUUUCUAAAAUAGAAGAGAUCAAUGGACUUGGGCGCUAUUUGCAGUGUAUCGAAAUAUAUGAAUGCAAUCAAAUGAGGCACUUAUGUUCUACGUUGAGGCAUCUGAAAAAUCUUCAAAUUCUUGUUCUUCAAAAUUGUGAAAUGAUGGAAGAGAUGGUUAAUAUUUGCGACGAGGAUGAACAACUCAAUAAAAUUGAGUUCAAUGCUUUGGAAACUCUUAAGCUUCAUUAUUUGUCUAGAAUGGAAUGUUUUUGCAAGGGAAUAAAUGAAAUUUAUUUUCAUAAGCUAAAAACAUUGGAGCUAAAAGGACUAAAGAAUUUUAUCUUUCCAACACAGGUACGCACACAUAUAAAUUUCAUUAUUACUAUGUACAACUUUUAG